CAGGCUCACCCAACACCACACACCAAAUUGGCCGCCGUCUCCUUUUGCACAACUUCCUUCCUCAUCUGGCCAUCUUACGACCAAUCCAAAGAAAGAAGCAAGGAGAUUUUGCGAAGACGUCGCACCCCUCUUCGCCUCUCCAAGAUACCUCUUCUUUGCAUUGGACGACCACAUCAUCAUCGCAUCGCUCUUGUCCCCGCUUCGUCGCUCCCUUCGCAGCCCACCUUCCUCCUUCCCCUGCAUCAUCGCACCAUCAUCUUUCCCACUUGACCUUCACAGCGCCGCCACUAAGACUCCACGAACAUCAACAAAAGGUCUCACCUCAUCAUCGACCUGAGAGCUGCUGGUCAGACAAUCGGAACACUCGGCAACAAUAGGAAUACGACUACGACGAGAAUAACUACCACAACACGGUCCGCUUGCAACGAUGACAUCAACUGCUUCGCCCUCACACGCCUCCCCGGCGCAUAGUUACCACAAUCGCUUCGCCAAUGAAGGGACGAUCUCCCGCUCAACAUCGGCGGCGGCGCCCGAAAAGGCUGAAGCAAGAUCAGAGUCGCCCUCUGCUACCACGCCCUUUUCAUUCGACUUCUCCGAGUUCAAGGGACUGGAUGGCGGCAAUGAGCCUGCGUUGGGCUCCUUCCUCUCGUACCAGCAGGCGCAGCAAAAGCAGACUGACGCAGCACCAGCAGCAGCACCAGCAGCAGCCCCACCUGCUCCGUCAAUGCCAGCACCUCAGCCUCCCUCGCAUCUCGAGACUAGCCAGGACGUAGCAGCACUCGAGGCAGCCGUCGACAAGCAGGAGAGCGAUGAAGCCGCUCAAGACCAACCCAAAGCCAACAGCGGCGGCGACGGUGACGACGCUCCCAUCGCUCCAUCUGCUCAACCAGCGCCUCUGCCUCGCCCUCCGGUCGUCAUCGACCCCGUAGAAUCGCCCACGCCAGCUGCAGACCAGUCUCAAGUCUCCUCCCGCGAGGUCUCGCAGCCUUCGAUCAUUCCCAGCUCAAGCAGUGCUCGCUCCCUCUCCAAGUCGCCCAUUGGCAACUUCUCGCGACCGAGCAACCUCGUUCCUUCGUCCCAGUCGACGGCCUCGAAUGACUCUGGUCUGGAGCGCGGCAUCGGCUCGCUUGACCUCAAUGGCGGUCGAGACCGAGACCGCGACGGCGAGGGGCGCCACAAUGAUAUGCCGCAACUCAGGAGCGUCCAGGCCCAGCAGCCCAUUCUCUCUCCUGGCGGAGCAGGCGACGACACGAGCAGCAAGGCAUCUGCCACUGCUUUUCCAUCGAGCGAGACAGAAGAGUUGGCGCCGUCCGUCGUUCCUCGACAGAACAUGCAGGAGAGGGAAAGACCCAGUAGCUUCUUCGGAUUGCAAGGACCGCCCGCAAGUGCCAGGCAGAGCGCCAUCGACCAGCAACAGAAUGUGCCUUCUGCUGACGACUCUGGCUCGGGUUUCUUCGGCGGCGCAGCCAGCGGCAGCGGCACUCGACCUUCGUCCUUCUUUGCCCUGAACAACAGCGAGCCGACCUCUGCCAUUGGGUCGAGCCAGUCCGGUGGCUUCCAUCGAGAUGACUCAGGGCUCAGCGCUCCUGGUGCUCAGAAUCGCAGUACGUUAGCAGGCGGCACAGGAAAUGCCGCUAUUCAGCACUCGGGAUCCUUCAACUUUGGCUCCGGCAAUGGACGACCUGCCAGUAUCGCGCCCUCUGUCACCACUGGGCCAUUGCUCGACCACAGUCAUCUCAAGCCUGGAGAGCAGGCAGCACUCCUCUCGCACAACAAGACGCUCGAGCUCUACCGCCAGAAUGCGAAGAAGACCAACGAUCCAGAUCUCAUCUAUGAAUUCGCUGUCUUCAUGAUCGAUGCGAGCAAGUCGAUGCCGGAGAGUCCGUCAGGUGCAGUCGGCAUUGCCUCUGGCUCCAAGGAAGACGUCAUCAAGGAGGCCAUUGGCCUACUCAAGAAGAUCGCCGAGCGAGGUCACGCCGACGCCCAAUACUUCCUGGCAGACUGCUACGCCAAUGGCAUCGGUACGCCCAAGGCGAAGCAGGACUUCGAUCGAGCCUACCCUCUCUUCGUUCUCGCUGCCAAGCAUGGUCAUCCCGAUGCAGCGUACCGUGCGGGCACCUGCUACGAAAAGGGAUGGGGAUGCCGUCGCGACCAGGGUAAAGCUCUGCAAUUCUACCGCAAGGCUGCCUCGCAGAAUCACCCCGGCGCCAUGUACCGACUGGCGACUGCGGAACUCAACGGCGAGCUCGGCCUGAAGCGCUCAGCCAAGGAAGGCGUCAAGUGGCUCAAGCGCUCCGCCGAUGCUGCGACGCCUGAGUUCCCUCACGCCCUCCAUGAGCUCGCCCUCCUUCACGAGCGCGGCAUCGACAAUGUCCUCUUUGUCGAUCCCGAGUACUCUUGCGAGCUCCUCGCCCAGGCAGGCGAGAUGGGCUACGCCCCCUCUGCGUACAAGCUUGGCGUCAAUUACGAGUACGGCCGCAUGGGCUGUCCUCAAGAUGCAGGCUUGAGCAUCCAUAUGUACAACAUCGCUGCUCAACAGAACCACAAGGAGGCCUGCUUCGCGCUCACUGCCUGGUAUCUCGUCGGGGCGCCAUCCAUCUUGCCGCAAAGUGAUACAGAGGCGUACCUCUGGGCGAAGAAGGCUGCCGAGCAGAACUUGGCAAAGGCCGAGUAUGCUGUCGGCUACUUCACUGAGAUGGGAAUCGGGACGGUGAAGGAUUUGAAGGAGGCCAAGGAGUGGUACAAGCGCGCUGCGGAGCAUGGAGACAAGAGGGCUAAUCAGCGUCUCACUGGGCUGGGAGGGCGUCCGGUCGGGCCGCUGCCUGGCGUUGGAGCUGGUGGAGCUGGUGGAGCCGGCGCUGGUGGUGCGGGAGGCAACAAAGCCGGGCAGCAUGGCCAGACUCCAGGAGGCUCAGACUAUGCCUCUAUGCCGGUUGCUUCGCGCACUCAGCCGACCAACGCUCCCUUCCCGUCGCGAGUAGAGGUGUCAGCCAUGAGCCCCUCGACCGGCGGAUCAGGCACCAUGUUCCCCUCGCCGCUCACGAUGAGAGACACGCAGUCUGCCAUGCGCGAGGAGCGAUACCUGGCCAAUGUGGCGGCGGCUCAACAGGCCGAGUAUCGCUCUACGAAUCCACAGCAAAGGCCGCCGCCCCAACAGCAGCAGCAGCGGAGCAUGACCGGCCCAUCAAGCGGAGCGCCCAGUGGCUACAGCAACGGUGUCUCGGGCGCCCGCCCGCCACCUCAACAAUUCCCGCCGCAGCCGCGACCUCCCCAGAACGGCUUGAAUCCCUACGCCGGCCCACACCGCUCAGGCUCGAUGCCCCCGCCUCCUGGUGCUGGAGGAUACAAUGGGGUUGGCCCCUCUCCAGCCCACUCGGCCGCAUCCGCCUAUCCGACCUACUCAGCCCCGAGCGGCCCAGGAGGCUCUCCUUCAUCGCCUGGCCGCCCUCCGCCGAUCAACACGAGCUUUCUGAGCGGUGGCUCGCCGACGGGACAGCAGCAUUCGGCGCCGCCGCAGAGCUACCCUUCAUACGGACAUCAGCAGCCGCACAAUGGCCAAUGGCGACCUUCUCCUCCCCCGGGUCAGCAGCAGCCAGGGGCCGGCAUGACUGGUCCGCGUCCUCCGCAGUCCAAUGCUCCAAACAUGUACUCGUCCCCUAUGAUGAGCCCACCGAUGCAGCCUGGCAUGCCUGGCGGUCCAGGAAGACCCAACGGUCCCGGAAUGAUGUCUCCCAACUCUGGCCCUGGAGGGAUGCCCUUCAGCUUUGACUCUGACGAUGCCACUGCGGCGCAGAUCUUCCAGAGGGCGCAACAGCAGCAGCAGCAGAAUGGCGGUGCUUCGAAUGGCGGAGACCAGCAGCAGCAGCAGCAGCCCAAGAAGAAGAAGGGAUGGUUCGGGGGCAGCAAGUAAGGUGGAAGGAUGACUGGCAACGAACAUGUACGGACGAUCUACUCCCUCUCUCUCUUCUCACAUACAGCUCCACCCAUCCAUCAAACGACAUACACUCCUCGGAUUCUCGUCAACGAAACGCAUUGGCACGUCUCUGUUUCUUCUCCUUUCUUGUUCAUCUAUUCAUGAAAAGUCGAAUGCUACCGGCGCUGCGUCUGUGAGGGAGUUGCGGAUUGGCUGCUCUGAACCCU